AUGUUCGCUAUUAAACAAUUCUCAAAAUUAAUUUUUCGUCCUGUUGGGGAAGUGCUACUAACUCCUUCUCCUAUUCAAUUGAGACUUUGUAGUUCAAGUGCUGUGAAAGUUGAUCAAGAUGAGCCUAUCGCUUUGGAAAAGAAUCCAUAUGAGAAAGACAAAAGAAAAUGUCUUUUAUGUCGCACAGGAUUAGAUUUGGAUUACAAGAACUCUCGGCUGUUGCAGCAAUUCGUUUCCACUUUCUCAGGUCGUGUUUAUGACCAACAUAUCACAGGACUAUGCGAUGACCAACAAAAGAAACUUAUCGAGACUAUUGCUCUCUCAAGAAAAGCAGGCUACAUGCCUGUGUUUGUGAAAGAUCCCAAGUACGUGAGGGAUCCAAAGUUGUUCGACCCUCUUCGACCUGUAAGACCACAUUCGUUUGCUUAA